GGAGGAGGUGAGCUGGGCGUUGAGGAGCCUGCGACUGCUGCUGUGGCCCGCGCCAUGUCCGCUCGCAACUUGGGCACGGAGCUGGAUGAGGAACCCUGUCAGAGAAAUGCUGUUGGGACUCUGCUGAUGAGUCAUGGGCAUAAACACCAUCUGUGGAUGCUGUAGAAUCCCUAUUCACAGAUCAAAACCUUUUCCUUUACUCAGUCUUUGAUUCUUGGCAUCAUGCCAGAAAGUUGACCUUAAGUAAAGUCUCCAGUCUUCUAGAUGUGCUGCUGUGAAACCCUGCCUGCAGACAGGAGUAGCCUUCUCUGUGAGAAUUGGACGGGAACCAGCUUCCCUAGAGAGCUGACACAGACCUUAGCUGGAUCUCCAAAAUACAAGUGAAUCAACCAGCAGUUCUGAGGCGUGCAGAGCAAAUCCAGGCUCGCAGAAUGGUGAAAAAGGAGUGGCAAGCUGCUUGGCUCCUGAAAGCUGUUACCUUUAUAGAUCUUACUACACUCUCAGGUGAUGACACAUCUUCCAACGUUCAAAGGCUUUGUUAUAAAGCCAAGUAUCCAAUCCGGGAAGAUCUUUUGAAAGCUUUAAAUGUGCAUGAUAAAGGCCUUACUACAGCCGCUGUUUGUGUUUAUCCCGCACGAGUGUGUGAUGCUGUGAAAGCACUGAAGGCAGCCGGCUCCACCAUCCCAGUGGCUUCGGUGGCCACUGGCUUUCCAGCUGGACAGACUCAUUUAAAAACGCGAUUGGAAGAGAUCAGAUUGGCUGUGGAAGAUGGAGCUACGGAAAUUGAUGUGGUAAUUAACAGGACCUUGGUGCUGACAGGCCAGUGGGAAGCCCUGUAUGAUGAGAUUCGUCAGUUUCGCAAGGCCUGUGGGGAGGCUCAUCUCAAAACCAUCUUAGCAACAGGAGAACUUGGAUCUCUUACUAAUGUCUAUAAAGCCAGUAUGAUAGCAAUGAUGGCAGGAUCAGAUUUUAUUAAGACCUCUACUGGAAAAGAAGCAGUAAAUGCCACUUUCCCGGUAGCUAUAGUAAUGCUACGGGCCAUUAGAGAUUUCUUCUGGAAAACUGGAAACAAGAUCGGCUUUAAACCAGCAGGAGGCAUCCGCAGUGCAAAGGAUUCCCUUGCCUGGCUCUCUCUCAUAAAAGAAGAGCUAGGAGACGAAUGGCUGACGCCAGAACUCUUUCGAAUAGGUGCCAGUACUCUGCUUUCUGACAUCGAGAGGCAGAUUUACCAUCAUGUGACUGGAAGAUAUGCAGCCUAUCACGAUCUUCCUAUGUCCUAAAUCAGACUGAUUCCAGAAAAGUUCUUUACAACGAUGUUUAAAAUGUGUUUUUCUACAUAACUGCUAAAAUUAUUUAGUUAAAAUAUGAGGGAACGAAUAGGUAACUGAUGGUUUUUUUUUUUUCCCUUCAAGCUUUCACUGAAUUUAAUUCAAAAAAUAAAAGGAAAAAACAACUAA